CACUCCGCCCGCUCCCUUCUCCUCGUCCUUUCCUCUCUUAUCCGACAUUUUCCCACGACUCUCUCUCUCUAGGGUUAGGGUUAGGUUUUCCUCUUCUCUUCGUUUUCUGUUUGUCCCGUGAUUGAAAUCAGAAAUCGAGGUUUCGAGGAGCGAUUCGGAGAGAUUGGAGAUGGGUUCGGAGGCGGCUGCCGUCAUCCCGAGUUCGGUGGUGCAGCAGAGCUUCGCAGAGCUGGAGAAGCAGCGGGAGCUCAUCACCAGCUGCACGCUGCUGUGGAAGGAGCUCUCCGACCACUUCUCCAUCCUCCAGCAGGGGCUCGAGAUAAAGUCGGAGGCCCUUCGGUCCAAGCGCCAGUCCCUCGACGCCUCCACCGGGCACGCCCUCGACUCUCUCCGCCGCCGCGAGCUCUCCAUCGACUCCGCCGUCGAGCUUGCUAUCGCCAAGCUCGACGAGCGCCGUGCCGCCGCCGUCGAGGCCCUAUCCGCCACCGCUGCGGGGGGGGACGAUCUUGAUCUCGCCGAAAAGCUGCGUUCUUUGUGCACGAAGAUGGAUUUCAAUGGGUUCUUCGACCUUGUGGUCGCGAAAAGGAAGGAGGUGGAGCUCCUCCGGUUGGAACUCCCGGUGGCUCUGGCCAACUGCAUCGAUCCAGCCAAAUUCGUGAUGGACGCCGUCUCUGGAGUCUUCCCCGUGGAUAAGAGACCGGUGAAGUCGCCGAAUGAUCUCGGGUGGGCCUGCGUGCUGGUCUUGGAAUCACUAGUGCCGGUCCUGGCGGAUCCAGAGCUAGGAACGGUGAGGCCAUUGGCAACUCGAAAUAUAAGGGAGAGAGCCAGGGAGAUGGCGAAGGAGUGGAAGAUGUGGCUGGAGCAGCACGGAGGGAUUGAGAGUGUGAAGCCACCCGAUGCACACACGUUUCUCCAGCAUUUGGUGACUUUUGGGAUCGUAGGGAAGGCCGACAAGGAGUUAUACCAGAGGCUCGUGGUGAACUUUGCAUGGCGGAGGCAGAUGCCAAAGCUGGCUAUUUCAUUGGGCCUUGAGGACAAAAUGGAAGGUAUUGAUUUCUUCUCUGGUUCCUCCUUCCUGGUAAUUCGAUCAUGAUUAUGAUCUAGUGUAUCUUAGGACUUCUCUUAU